UGGGCACAAAAGUGCCGGGCAGUUUGGAAACCGGUACCCGAUUUCACACCCUCCGAUUUCACCGAAAUGGCUCCCUGGCCACUUGUUAGAGAACAAUUCUAUGGAUGCGUUGCUUUAGGAAAGGUUUCUAGUGCUUCUGUGAUCGAAGCCCUGGCUGUUGGUGUUAAUGUUAUCUAUAACGCGCUUGAUGCUGGGUUUCCAAAUCCUCGAAGAACUCUCAGCGAUCUUACAAAUGAGAGUCCGGAUCCGCUUAAUCCAAGAACUGGCAGGAAGAAGAGUAUGAUGGCAGUCAUGAGACAGACAUAG